GCGGAAAUUUAAACCGUCACCAGGAAGUAAAUUCCGAGGGGGAAAAAAUAAAUAUCUUGUCGGCUGGGUUAAGAAAAUUGAGCUGCACUCGGAGGAAACGAGAGCACCCAGAGGAAACCCACACGCACACGGGAAGAACGUACAAACUUUCUUACAGAGGCGUGUAAUCACCCUUACUGAAUUAAAAUGCUCCUCUGGUAGUAAAUGUCUCUUAGCUGCAGCUACAGGAGGAGGCAGACCGGGACGGAUUUGUAAUCUAUGAAUGUGAAUCAUGCCACAGAAGGAAGAAGGGAAUGUGAACGUGACUGUGGUUGUCCGAAUAAGACCGCUGAUGCAUCGGGAGCUGGACAGUGAAAACCAUGCAGUUGCUCAAGUGGUUGAUGAAAACGUCCUGGUCUUUGACCCAAAGGACGAAAUUAAUGACGAUGUGUUUUCAGAAGCAAAAUUUAGAGACAAGGAUGUAACACGCCGCAAAAGGAAGGACCUAAAGUUCGUGUUUGACAGAGUUUUUAAUGAAAAUUCUACACAGCAAGAAGUGUUUGAGUUCACAACUAAACAUAUUUUGGAAGGAGUGUUGAACGGAUACAAUUGCUCAGUCUUUGCUUAUGGUGCAACAGGAUCUGGGAAGACCCAUACCAUGCUGGGCAGUGAGGAUCAGCCUGGAGUUAUGUAUCUCACAAUGCUGGAACUCUAUGAAAGAAUUGAACAAAUGAAAGAUGAGAAAAUUUGUGAAGUUGCCGUCUCGUAUUUGGAGGUAUACAAUGAACAGAUUCAUGACCUGCUUGAACCUAAAGGCUCACUGGCUGUGAGAGAGGACCCUCAGAAAGGAACAGUUGUUCAGAGGCUAAGCUUCCAUCAGCCCAAGACUGCCAAAGAGCUUUUGGAGAUGUUGGCAAAUGGAAACCAGAACAGAACCCAGCAUCCCACAGACGUCAAUGCCACAUCCUCGCGAUCCCAUGCGGUCUUUCAGGUGUAUGUAAAGCAGCAAGAUCGUAUUGCUAGCAUCAGCAAGAAUUUGCGGGUGGCUAAGAUGUGCCUCAUUGACCUGGCUGGGUCAGAGCGAGUUACUGCAACUAAGGCUCAAGGAGCACGGUUCAGGGAGGGAGCAAACAUAAACCGUUCUCUACUUGCAUUAGGAAAUGUCAUUAACGCACUGGCAGAUGGCAAGGGUAAAAAAUCUCACAUCCCUUACCGAGAUAGCAAGCUAACCCGCCUCCUUAAGGACUCAUUGGGGGGAAACUGCCAUACGGUGAUGAUUGCCACUGUGAGUCCUUCAGCCAGCAGCUAUGAAGAUACAUAUAAUACCUUAAAGUAUGCGAAUCGUGCUAAAGAUAUCAAAUCUUCUCUGAAGAGUAAUAUUGUGAGUUUGGACUGUCACAUAAGCAAGUAUGCAGCCAUAUGCGAGGAACUUCGCAGAGAGGUCACACAAUUAAAAGACAAGUUGAAGGCUUAUGAAGAAGGGAACUGUGCCAUUACCAGGAGUGACCCAAGUACAGCCCAAGCCAUGCUGUCCAGUCAACAACAGGGCUUGGAGGCGGCUUUGCGAAAUGCUUUUGCCAGUCGCCAGCUGAUUCAGAAGGACUAUUUCCAACUGGAAGCUCAUGCUAAAGAAAUAGAGUUGAAGGCUUUCUUCCGUCUGCGGGACCAAGAACGUAUUAGAAUAUUGUGUACCGAGCAGCAGCUGGAACAGGCUUCCUGUAAGUUUGAACGCAGCCAGGCAGCUUCUAGCUGUCGCCGUGACCACCUGCUGGAGAAAAUGCAGCAAGUCGAAGAGAAACUCAAGGAGAAUGGGAAUCUCAUUUCUCAGCUGGGAACUAAAAUUGGUUCAGAUGGUAAAACCACAUCAUUCCCUCAGAUCCUGAAACUGAGCAUGAAGAACCUUAUGUUGGAGGCUGAAGCGAGCAAUAGCAAGCAACACAGUGAUUAUGUGACACGUCUGAUGACAUUGCAAGACCGAGACAGUCGACAGACAGAAAAGUUAGUGACCACCCUGCUUCAGGUUGUCCGGAAGCAGUUUAACAUGCUGAGGGAAGCAAGCCUUGCAAAUGAAGACACGGUAUCGCAGUUCAGCGACCUGGAACGUCUUGUGCGAGGAGAGAAGGCUGUCUUAUGGGCAGACCAAAUAAGCACAGAGGAAUCUAAAGCAAAUCAGCAUUCAGAAGUAACAGCUCUUGCUACAUUUUCUAAGCUACAUCUUCUACCAGAGAACCUGUUUGAAUCCACUGUGCCAUGCAUAAAAAAAGCUUCAGCUUCCGAAUCAGCUACACAAGUUCCAUCAGAGGCUGGCGCAAAAAAGCGACUUCCCACCAAACGGUGCCUGGCAGAGCUCAGACCACCACCCUGCCUUCUGCAGAAGGAGGAGUCAAUGCAAUUGAAGCGAAGAAGGAUAGAAAUUGAAGUGUGCCAAGACGUUCCUUCGGUAUCCGAAUUACGAAAGAAGCACAAUUCAUCUCGAAUCGACCAAGUCAACAUUGUGCCAAAGACCCACACAAAGGAGACUCAGCCACUUUCAAAUCGGAGUAAUAUUCUUGGCAAUGAAGGAUCAAAAUUUGGAACCUCAGCUGAAAAUACGAAAAGAAUCUUCACACCGACCAUCUCCAGGAGGCCGAAAACUCCAGCCAGCACCACCCCCAGCAGCUGUAACCUCUCCACCAUGUCAAGUAAUCACGAUUUGAAUGAAACCUUUGAAACUGCAAAAGUGGGUGAGCAGUCCAGCCUAGAUACCACAAUAAUUCUUGGUCCUUCAUCUGCUCAAAAACCCAAAUUUACCAUGCACCAUGACAUAAUGACACAGACCAACAACACAUUCUUGCAGAGAUUGGGACUGCCAAGGUUUACAGGUAAAAGUCAGCCUGAGGCCCUGUUUAUUGCGAGAAACCCAUCCGUGGCCGUCAGCAGGUCUGCCACUAAAGCACACAUCAGAACGUCAGGGCAACGCAAGAAAAGAUAUUCAAGUGGCAGCUUGUCCCGCGUGGGUGGCCAGAGAAACCAGAACAAAUCCAGGAAGUCUCCAGUCUGCAAGAAACAAUUUACAUCAGCAGGGGAGCCUAGAACUGGAGAGCACAAGUUUAAAGUGAGAGGGAAGAAAUUUAAAGGUGAUCUGAAGGCGCCAUCCUCCAGCCCAAGGUUCUGUCUGGGCAAGAGAAGUGGAACCAGCGGAAAAGUCGUCCAGAGCUUUGAGUUCCUGUCCCAAUCCGUUGUGAAAGAUUCUAAACAACACUUGCUCUCUGAGCCGAGGACAUCAGAGAUCAUAAAACAAUCAGAAUGAGCGCAAGACAGGACAUGGCAGUUUUGCACUGGUGCUCUGUUGGUUUACUACAAGCUACUUGCCAUCCGACCCAAUGGAUUAUUCAUCUCAGUUCGAAUCCCUGGACCUGGAUAGUACGACAUGAUGAUUGGAGUAAUCAAAUCACAAUGAAUCUGUGUACUUCAGCAACUGUAUUCCUGGAAUUACAGUAACACUUUGGAAACUGAAUUGCUAUUCUGAAAUGUGAUUUUAUGUUAGAAUGAAAGAGCUAAAUGUAGUGAACUUUAGGUUUGUCAGUUGUUUUGCUGUUAGCUGCUGAACCUUGAAAGGGAGAUUACUAAUAUUUUGUAUCAGAUAUUCCCACCCUUUGCAGUGUGAAGCUGAAGAUGAACCAGACUGGAUACAUCUCCAGUAACUGGUCAUAAGAAAUGAUUUUCUCAUUGUAGAAACACAUGGAUUAUGCUUGGACCAUUAAAUUGCCAGCAAUCUGUCUAACAGUUUGAAUAGUGCAGAUCUACUGUCUUGCUGGAUCUUUCUUUCUACCUUAUAAAUUAUAUCUUGAAGUCUUGAAAUUAAAUUUAGAUAAAAUUUUAAACAUUGUCAAACAAAAAUAUAUUUUGUUUGACAAUGAUCACUUACAAAUAAAUGCUAUUUAAUAAAUUCUUAUGAUGAGAAUUGUAAAAAUUGUAUGUUAAAUCAAACUCAACUCACAUUGCAGCACUUUUUAUGGUGAAAAUGUAUUUCGAAUGUGUAUGUUACUUAUGUCAUAGACUGAAAUAGAUAACAUCACAAAGGUUUUACCAUUUGUACUGUAUUUCUAGCUAUUCUAUCUAGCCAGAGCUGUUGCUUUUGCAAACUUUUAGUACUUGUUUUCCUGGCUACAUUUGGCUAUUUUUUUUUCUACCUGAUGCUGGAUGGUCAAACAAGAUAGGCUACAGAAUUGCCACCAGCAUUCCAUAGACUUCCCACUGUCCGGAACAAAUGCGGUGUGUUGUAAAUAGGUCAAGAUGUAGAGUGAGGCAGCAGUCCGUGCUUUCUAUCUUCACUACUGAGUAGGAAUGUAGAUCAGUAGUGCCCAUCUGAGUACAGCAAGCAGGCAACUCAUAAAGUAUAUAUAUCCUAGAAAAUUACGGUUUUGUUAUAAACUUUUAUUAAUCUCAGUUUUGUACAUUGCUUUAUUUUUUAACUGUAUUCAGUGGGGACAAUUGUGUUGUCCUUUAAUAUGCUUAAAUGUAAAAGUACUGAUUUUAUUAGUGUUCAGUGAACAGCCAUAAAAUGCAAUUCUGAAGUUUGCCAAUCGCAGUUACGCAGGGCAGAAUCUAGUUCACUGUUAAUCAUUCAGAUAAGAACUAAACUAUACGAGUGAAAUAUCAUGCAGCCCGGUUUAUCCUGGUUUAUUUUAUCCCUUUGCUGUGCUUUAUGCUCUUGUUGUACAGUGAUCUCAAACCAUGGUUCGAAUAUAUAGUGGAAUUUAUUUAUACCAACCCCAAAUCUGUUGGGGAUGACACUCUCCUGACUCAAAGCUCUCUGAGGUUAUGUGGCUUAGCACCUCAAGGCCAACACACGUCAUUAAGCCACGGCUCCUCUCAGAACCAACAUGAUGCUUGCAGAUGUGACCUGUGGAGACUUAUGCUGACCAUGUCCAGAGACUCUUAUCAAGUUCUUCUCAAGUGUGACGGAUCCACCAUCUGAUGUCUGAUUCAGCAGGCAGAAAGGUUGACUACUGGGGACACCAGAUUGACCACAUUUCAGAGAAAGGUAGAGGGUUAAUUAUAAGAUCCUGAAUGCAGCAUAUUCCAGUUAAGCAUCCAGCGUUACCCUGAUCUGUAUAAACAGCCCUAAUGUAGUGUGAAGUAACUUGCAGCUUCUUGGCUUUGAAUUUCUAAGCUGCAUCCCUUGUAAAUAGGUUGUGAUCUUAUCAAGUAUUCCAAAUGUGAUAGGUAAUAUUCAGUUGGAUUUAGUGGCUGCUUCUCUUUCUUGUCAAAUGUGCUUAAUUUUUAUUAAAUUGUU